AUCCUCACUCGGCCAUCCCGUAGUCUCCAUCUCUCCGCGAGCAGCAAAAGGAAAACGACAUGCUAUCCACGCUACAGCCUCCUCGUUCUCUCAGUCGCUUCCCUUUCCGCCUCUCAUCCAUUAAACCCCGCCAUAUAACCUUUGCUGUUUCUUCAUCAUCCUCACUGCCAGUAGCCACUUCCGCGGUCACAGACCAAUCUCUACAAUCCUCCCAAAUCCUCACCAUCCGUCACUCCCUUCUCUCUCGCCACCUAACUGCAACCCAACUCGUCGAGUCCUACUUAACCCGCCUUAGGCUCACCGAGCCCCAGCUUAAAUGCUUCCUCCAUAUAUCUGACAACGUGUUAAAACAGGCCCAGGAGCUCGACGACAAGAUUAACAAGGGCGAGGAUGUGGGUCCUCUUGCUGGGGUGCUUGUGGGGGUCAAAGAUAAUAUAUGUACAUCCGAUAUGCCGUCCACCGGUGGUUCCCGCAUUUUAGAGAAUUAUCGGGCGCCGUACGAUGCAACGGCGGUCAGGAGAAUGAAGGAGAAGGGUGCCAUUGUUGUGGGAAAGACUAAUUUGGAUGAGUUUGGUAUGGGAAGUACCACUGAAGGUUCUGCUUUUCAGGUGACCUCAAACCCUUGGGACGUGUCUCGAGUACCCGGUGGAUCAUCAGGAGGAUCAGCUGCAGCUGUUUCUGCUCGGCAAUGUGUAGUGUCACUGGGAAGUGAUACUGGUGGAAGUGUGAGACAGCCAGCCUCAUUUUGUGGUGUUGUAGGAUUGAAGCCAACCUAUGGGCGUGUUUCAAGAUUUGGACUGAUGGCUUAUGCUUCAUCACUUGAUGUUAUUGGAUGCUUUGGAACAUCAGUUGCUGACACUGGCAUCCUUCUUCAUGCAAUUUCUGGUCAUGAUAGAUAUGAUGCCACCAGCAGUAUAAGGGAGGUUCCAAACUUCACACCUCAGUUCACUUCUGCAAAUCUUGUGGAAUCUAGGCCAUUGAAGGGAUUGAGAGUUGGUAUAAUCCGUGAAACUCUUGAUGAUGGUGUUGAUAAUGGGGUAAAAUCUGCAAUCAGUUGUGCUGCAUCACACCUUGAAGAAUUAGGAUGCACUGUGACGGAGGUAUCCUUGCCAUCUUUCUCCCUUGGUUUACCAGCUUACUAUAUUCUUGCUUCUUCAGAAUCAUCUUCCAACUUAUCACGUUAUGAUGGUGUCAGGUAUGGAAAGCAAGCUGUUGCCGAUGAGUUAAAUAUGCUUUAUGGGGAUUCUCGAGCACAAGGAUUUGGUCCUGAGGUCAAAAUGAGAAUUUUGAUGGGAACCUAUGCCCUUUCAGCUGGUUAUUAUGAUGCAUACUAUAAGCGUGCUCAGCAGGUGAGGACUUUAAUCCAGAAAAGCUUCAAGGCUGCAUUAGAUGCAAAUGACAUCCUAAUUUCUCCUGCUGCUCCCUCUGCUGCGUAUAAGAUUGGUGAAAAGAAAAAUGAUCCGUUGGCAAUGUAUGCGGGUGACAUUAUGACUGUGAAUGUUAACCUGGCAGGAUUACCUGCACUGGUUUUGCCAUGUGGAUUUGUUGAAGAGGGGCCUGCAGGACUUCCUGUUGGUGUUCAAAUGAUUGGAGCUGCAUUUGAUGAGGCAACAUUACUGAAGGUGGGCCAUAUCUUUGAGCAAACUCUCCAAGGUUUCAAAUUCGUCCCUCCCAUGGUAGCAGAUGGUGCUAGCUAGCUUCUGUUAUCUCUACUCCUUGGAGGAGGCUUAAUCCUGUUUGUUCUUUAAUAGGCUCUUCUGCGAUUAUUUUGAAUUAUUUGGCCUUCAUUUGCCUAAAGUUAAAAGAGUACAUUGCAAAAGUAAUUGCGGGUUAGGUUUAAA